ACCAAAAUGUCGGACGGGUCGGACCACGAGGAGCCGGGGGUGCCGGGGGCAGCGGAGGGGUCGGCGGGACCAACGAGGAGCGCGCGAGUGACGGGUGCUCAGGAGGAGGAGCUACUCUCCUUCAUGUGUGAGCACCCGUCGCUCGCGCGCAAUGUCACUGACCUCUCCGCCGCCCUGACGCGGGACGACAAGCGGCGGCUGUGGGAGCAGCUCGCUCUGCGCCUGAACGCGCUGGGGCCUCCAACCAAGAGCUACAAGCAGUGGAAGGAGCAUUUGUCCCGGCGCGUGAUGAAGGCGCGGAAGCGAGCUGCUCAGCUUAACGAGACCGCAAGAAGGACCGGGGGCGGGAGCUCAACCGUGCGCCCACUAGCGUCGUCCCUGGCCAGGAUCCUGACGCUGGUGGGCACAGAUUCGGCGCUCGGGGCCCCUGGGGAGCGGGUCCCCGAUGAACCGGGCGACCAGCAGGAGAGGCCAAGCAGCAGCAGGCGCCAGAUGGCAGCCGAGCUGGUGCCCUCCACCUCACAAGACGCAACAACAGGCCAGGGGCCGUGGGUGCGGCCCACCGUGCCUCGCGCACCCCCCUGGCAGUCGAGGCAGGAGCGGCACGACGCGGCUGCCAUCCAGGCCGUGGAGCAGCAGAACAAGGACCAGGCUGCAGAGGAGAGGGAGUUCCGAGGCCGGCUCCUGGAGGUCCUGGAACGGAUCUCUGGAAACCUUGACAGGACGGCCUCGGGACUCGAGAACACCCACAGCACCCUGCUCCAACCGCUCCUCCUGCUGGCCAGCAGGGCACUGGAGCAGCCCGCAGCCCCGGCCCACCCUGCAGCCCCGGCCCACCCCGCAGUCCCGGCCCACCCCGCUGCUCCGGCCGCAGCCCUGACCGCAGCCCUGGCCACAGCCCCGGUCACAACCCCCGCCCCCCCUGAAACUAAACCUUAAAUUUAUUUAUUUAUUUAUUUUAUUUAUUACACAUGCCAAGCCGGCCGUUUAAUUUUGCAGCCUGAGGUUGGCGCAAUAGUCAGAUUACAGCAAUUGCCAAGAGCUGGGUUAGUCCUUUUUCCUUGGCUAUGACCCGUGAAGCAAGUAGAAAAUAUUGGCUGGGCAACAGACAGAUUUAUGCACAAGCAAGCCAUGUCUCGUGUUUGACGAACAGCGACAGCUAUACUCGGCAACAGGUUAACAGUGAAGUGGAAGCUCCUCCCACCUCUUUGCACUUUAGCAGAGCGAA